GAUGUGAGGGGAAGGGGAACUAAACAGAAUAGAACUAAAAUUGGUGCAAUUAUUUACUGUGUCAGCGGAAAAUGUCGCAUUUAUUUUAUUUAAUUCUAAAGUAACCGUCGUAUUUUUAUCUUGUGAUUUUAACUUCGGUUCAUGGUGACCGCACAUGCAGUUUCUCCAGUGAACAUAUCGGCUUUUUCAUUUCCUGGUCAUUUCAUUAUCCUUGUCAACCAUGAGCAAGUACACCUAUUCAACAGCAAAUCCCUCGGACCGAGAUCUCAAAGAACAAGGAAACAAACUAUUUUCCUCACGGAAAUAUGACGAGGCCGUCAGUUGUUAUUCUAAAGCAAUCAUCAAAAACCCAUCUAUUCCUACUUACUUCACAAACCGUGCUCUAUGUUAUCUAAAACUGAAACGCUACGAUUUGACCUGCAAUGACUGCAGAAGAGCUUUAGACAUGGAUCCUCAUCUAGUUAAAGGUCACUUUUUCAUGGGUCAAGCGCUUUUUGAAUCUGAGUCCUAUGAUGAAGCUGUCAAACACCUACAACGAGCUUUAGAUUUAGCAAAAGAACAAAAACUCAAUUUCGGUGAUGAUAUUGCUAGUUUACUAAGAGCUGCCCGCAAGAAAAGGUGGAACACUGCAGAAGAAAGACGAAUCGCACAAGAAAUAGAAUUAUUGACCUAUUUAAAUAGAUUAAUUGUCGAAGACACAGAAAAGAAAGUAGCAAAAGUUAAAAUGGAAAGUGGAACUGGAGGUAUGGAUGAGCUGUCGAUAGCGAAAAUUAAGGAAUAUGAAAAUAAAGGUGUCUCCUACUCUACAGAACUAAAUAAUUUAUUUGCCAAAAAUGAUGAAAGGAGGAGGAAGCGAGAUGUUCCAGAUUAUCUUUGUGGUAAAAUUAGUUUUGAAAUUUUGCGGGAGCCUGUUAUAACUCCAAGUGGUAUCACAUAUGAAAGAAAGGAAAUUGAAGAACACUUACAGAGAGUAGGACAUUUUGAUCCAGUAACAAGAAUUAAACUAACGCAAGAUCAACUAAUUCCUAAUUUUGCAAUGAAAGAUGUUGUAGAUACUUUUAUUCAAGAAAACGAGUGGGCUCUGGAUUACUAAAACCAUCUCUAUAAUGCAUCAAGCCCAUACAUUGAUGAUUUGCCUUGAAACGCUGAAAGCAAACUUCGAUUUAAAGACUUGUAGACAGGCUUUCUCUUUCUCCUCUGCAGGGGUCAUCCAGAAAGUGAGUUUACCUUUUCAAUAUCUCCUGUAUUGAGAUAGAUAGCGGAAAUCUGUAAAAGGGUCAUUCCAUGUCAACUCAACCAGUGAAUUUUCAUGACCAUCUUCGAUUUUGAUGAAACUUGGUGAGCAUAAUGAUUCGUAUGAUGGUAUGAAAAUCCCAAAAUUUCAGCUCUCUACGACCAAUAGAACCGAAGUUACGGGGGUUCAAAGAUGGCAAAAAAAACCCCGGGGCUGUGAACCCCUUGAAUUUCAAAAAAUCAUAACUCGGGUUCUAAUUAAGCUACAGGGCUCAGCUUGAGCUUGUUUUGAAGCUGUUUAUCUGCUCUAUUGAAAAAUGAAUAAAUUAUGUCAUUUUUGAAAAAAGGGGUGCCUGUUCCCCCCAAUUUAAACCUUUGGGGGGCUGUAGCAAAAAACACCCCCCCUUCGAUUUUUGUCAAAUUUUCAUAUUUUGUACAGCAGACCCUCAGGAAGGUUCUGUGAAAUUUUCAAGUUGGAGACUUGAUGGAAACUAUUUUUUUCUCAUUUUUGAAUACAAUUUUAGCUCAUUUUCGGUGCAUGCAAAUGGGUAAUUCCACGGAUUUUUGAUGGUUUGACCCCAUAUUUCUAGUUUAGCUUGCACUUAAAUUGAGGAGAGGUUCUUUCACGACUAUGCACAAUUAUGAGUGUUUGUUGUCUUAUUAUUCAUGGGGAGGGAGGGGGAUCUACAUCCCCUUCCCUCCACCUGCCUAGAAAGGAUCCUAUCGUAGAGAAGAAAAAAUGCAAUCAGCUUUAAUGUUGUUAGCUUUAAUGCAAACCUCUCAGAUAGACUGUUAAAGAUUGAGUUUUCUCUUCAGUUUGAGGGAGGCAUUGUCAGAUUCUUGUUUUGAUAGAGAAUAAACUCGUCCAGUCUGUGUUGUUGGAUCGACUGUCAUUAGAACGUCUGAGAUUGGCACUUCCAAAAUGUCAGGUUUUGAUGGAUAAUAGAAGGAAACAUUUGGUCCGGAUGGAUGGAGGAAUGUUAGUUUAACUUCAUCGUUGACAGGGAAGGUUUGCAAAACGCAGGCUAGCCACCAUUCAGAUCCAUACAUGCAGACCACAAACCCCCUUAUUUCGUCAAUCCCCAGGGUUAGCUCUUCAGAAUUUUCUCCGGUUAUUGAAACUGUUCUUGCCUCCUCAGCGCGAGAAAACAAUUUUGUCUGCAGAGUUGUGUUGCUGAUAGGAAUGAAAGCAUGUAAUUUUUGUGUGCCCGCAAUUGUUUGACAAGAAUUGAAUUUUUCAUGAAGGAGUUCGCAAUGCAUUUCAUACUCUGAAUUUAGAACAUACUGAAAGUUCACGGCAUGAAUGUUAGUAGAAACCCAGUCGUACAAUUGUCUGGGCGUCAUUAUUUGCUCAUUAUAUGGACGUUGCAGGCUUGCACGAGCAGCGAGUCUUUUAACAGUGCCGCCUACACCGUCACAUGCGUUUUUGCCAUGAGAGGUGGCAAAAUGAUGCCAUUCUGCCUCCACAUUAAAUUCUUCCGAGUGGGAACAAAGGCUGCUGUAAUUUUUACGGUUUUUGUACUGACUUGCAGCACCAUCAGAAAAAUAGUAUAUCUUUUUGACAUUAUUAGGAAAUUGAGCCUUUAAAAAUGAUAUUAAUUUUACCAGAAAUAGAUGCACGGAGACUGCGUCAUGGCGUAGACAGUCAGAAAUUAUUAUGUAGCUGAUGUGCUGCAGCGUUUCUUCGUGACGAUAGUAUGCUACGAACGGAUGUAUGGUCGCCUGAUCAUUAUUCCAAUGGAAGCCUUGUAUUUCAUCUUGAAGAAUAAAACUAUAAUUUUCAGCAAAAUCUAAUACCACUGCGUACUCUCCGUUUUCAAGCGUUUCUUUUUUUUCCUUGAAAAAGGCGGCCUGUUGAAAGGCUAUGAAUGAAUGCGUAAGUAGGUUCCUCAAAUUGUCAGCAAAUGCUUCUAAAAAAUCUGCAGAAUUUUGAGUAACUUCCUCCAACUUUGCCCUGUCAGUUGUCACCCAUUGCUGGUAGGAUAUCUCAUCAAUCUCAUUUUCUUCAAAGGCUCUCUCUAAACUUUUCUUUAGCCCCUCUACACCGGGGCAUUGCUCACAUUCUUUAAAGAAGCACUGAAUUCUGGGAGGAUUGCAAGCUAUUUUAGCAAGACAAUGUUUAUAAGACGUUAAAGGAACUUCAAAAUUCUUUGUCAAUUCAGCUAGUUUCCCACCAUACAUCAUUAAUUUCAUAUUUUGAUGUUGGGCGCAGACGCAAACUGCAUGGGAGUCACUCGAACCUGGAAGCACACAAUUCUUCGGCCGGAGUGAGGAGAACUUUGAAAAUCCAACUUUGAUGCCUGGAUUUUCGCCUUUAAACUGUGCAUAAGCUUCUUUUAAAUUACACAAUAUUAGUCUCUUUUGUACAUGCACCCUUUUCCCAUCUAUUAUAAGGGAUUUAAAAUCUUUCUUUCCGGGCAUAACACGGCUUAUUUCAUCUGAUUCAAAAAUUUUUUUUAUUUGUUCCUCUAUUUCUGCCGAUAGAAUCCUGCCAAUCUUUACGUUUGGAGUUGCUAAAAUACCCUGUUCUGCCUGAAGCUUCUUCGCUAAACGAGCAGUGUAGUUGGUGGUGUUGAACGUUUUUUCAAUUUUACUAACUGUCCAAGAUUUCGGAAGAAUAGUUAGAAUUUGAAGUUUUUCACUUCUUGAUUCAGAUCCAGAAAAUUGUUCUUUGAGUUGACUGAUGAUUUCACAUUCAAAUUGGUCUUCUUUAAGGCGUCAAAAUGCGAAAAAUUCACUUAUUGUUGUCUGCAUGUAACUUAUUUCAUAGUGAACACGGUCAGCCCUGCAAUUUUUCAGCUGAUAAAUGUUCUUUCUUUUGUUUUACUUGAAAUUCAUCCAUCGAUAAGUCACUUACCUUGACAAGAAUUAAAUGCAGAAACUCAUUUGUUAAUGCUACUCCGUGUAAUGAAUCUAUAUGAAGAGGAAGUGGGUUCAGAAAAAACCUUUUUUAGUGUUCUAUUGGACAAACUUUCAAUUUUCAUGGAGCAUAAGAAAGUUUAAAGUAGUGGAUUUUUAAUGAUUCUACUGAUUUUUUUUUUUUUUAAUAUCUAUUUUGUUAGUUUAGAUAUUGAAUGAGUAAACUUACAGUCUGGAUGACCCUCAUACAUGUAUUUAUGAAGUAAACGUGAUUGAAUAUUUGGUGUAAUAGCAUAGGAAUCACUGGGAUUCAUUCUAUUCUAUUCUAUUCUAUUCUAUUCUAUUCUAUUAGCUAAUUCAGGAAGAUCAAAUUUGAUCUAAUAAAUGCGUGCGAAUCUUAAUUUUAACUUGUUAAUCUUUGAUGAAACAUACGGACAUUGUAGCUUUUUAGAUAUCUAUGUCGAAGAAGAGAAAAAAAAAUUCUAUUUGUAUUUCCUCUGGUUUGUAAGAUUUUUAAAACUGCAAAGCGCACGAACAAGCAUUUUAGUCAGUGAAUGCUCAAUCAUUAAUUAAGUGACCUAAUUUUUCCUGUAUUUUUUCUUGUCAACUUCAAAUGUUCUUCAUUAUUCAGUCCUCAUGCUCUUUUUCCUCUUUUUUAAUAUUCUGAAGGUGUACAAAUUUUAAUUGAAAAUUUUGUUCACAAAUUUUGCCCAAAAAGGCAUGAGAGGCUUGACAAAAAGGUGUCAGAGGUUCUUGGAUGAUUAACGUUUCACUUUAAGUAAUUCAUCCUGCAGAAAAGUAAAAGUAAACCUACGUAAACUGUUUCUCUAGGCUAGGGGUAGGUCGAUUGAAAUGGGAGAGAUUGAAAGCGGAAACUAGUACCCAUUUUUGAAGAACGUCUGUCUGGUCAGGUGUAUCUCUUUCUCCCAGGCUAUGGAUUUUUUGAUGAAAAAUGUGUCUCAUCACCUUUGGUGCACCUUUUUAAGACUGAGCUCAAUACAUUAGAAGAGAAUAAAAAAGUUUCCAACAAAUUAAUUUAAGAUCUGUUUUGAAUGUAAAUUAAGUAAAAACCUUUCCCGAAAAAACUCAGUUUCGCUCUAUAACAAUGAUGUGGAAACUGGAUCUGCCAUUAAGUAUUGAAGAGAAUUUCGAAUUCAGAUCUCUUUUUUUCGUGAAACAAUUCCGGUCUGAGUAAAUCAAUCCUUGUAUCUUUCAAAUGUAGUUUUGAAGAUCGGAAUCUCGUUUUUUCUUUUCCUGCCAGUAGCUAUUUUCUAGCCAACAGUUGAUCACGAGACAUCAGCGUAGCCUUUUUAUCUGCUUGGUUUAGUGGCAGUUCCAGUGUUUCUUUCAGUAGAUUGAGAAGAUAAUCUUAUCGAAAUAAGGUUCUAUAGAUUAAAUAAAAAAGAUUUAUGUAGCAAAUAUGCUGUGUUCUACCAGACAAAGGAACUGAACUCCUUACCAAAGUUGCAAAAUUGACUGAUACAAUAUAAUUUUCACUGAGUGUCACUCCAUGCAUCAUCCAAAAGUUAGCUGACUCUUCCUAAACAAAAGGAAGAAAUCAGCGAAAUUAUCAGUUAAAAAUAGUGUAAUUCCUUCGGAAAAUACACUAAAAUGCCCAACAGUAUUCUAGUUCAAAUAUAACUCACAAGUAGAAAUAUUGCGAACAUUGAAAUGUAGUAAUGCCCUUUUGUCCGGGUAAUGAAAAUGUUAAGGUGGGAUCUCAUUCAGCCCCAUUCUCCUGCCCAGUGGAAGAAAAUCAUGUCCUCAUUUUUUGCUUUAAUGCAGCUGGUACAGAUAAUACUCAACAAGGCAGUCUCCUCCUUGAAAAUGCUUUACUUUCUUUUGAUUAUAAUCUAAGGAACAUUGACUUUGAUGAGGGUCAAUGUCAAUACUCAUCGUGGAGGUUCUUUCCUUCCAACAAGAAUGCCAAGGUACCUGCAGUAUUUUGGUAACAUUUAGGUCAAUACAAAUCAAUCAGGAGCAUUCUAGUGGAAAUAUUUACUUCACUCUCCCAAACUUACUAUAUCUCUCCUCAGGGAUCAUAUUAACCGUCUAUAAUUAAUCCUUUUCAUAGGGAAAAACAAUGCAUAUAAUUUAGCUUUUGAAGCUAAAGGGCCUCUGUCGUACAUAUAAAAAGAAGUCGAUGAGAAUUCCAUUUAAAUUAUUUUUUAUAAUUUUUUUAGGGUCGAAACUUGUUAAUGUAUUCAGAGAGAUUUCCCUGUACAUACCUGCAUAUUCGUGUAUCAUAGCAUCUCUUCUUCCUUGUACAUAACCACUGUAGGUGUUUAAUUUUUUCUUGUCUUUUUCAAAGCCAUCAUCAUCCCAGGAGUCGAAUGAUGACGCCUUCAAAAUAAUUUUAAGCCCCACCUAUUAACCUUUCAGUCCCAGACAGUCUUUGUCAGUCCUGGAUUGUUCUUUUUUCCCCCCUCCACCAUCUUUUGUUAACAAAUUAUACGCGUCCAUCAACUGGAAGCUUUUCAGUCAAUCAAAGUUUUUUUUAUUUUCAACUUCUCUCUUUUCACUCUCCUAUGAGUUUAAAAUGUUCUCUGUCAAACUUUUGGUUAACAUUAUUCUUUUCCGCUCCAGCAUUUCAAUUAUUCUUGGUUACUGUACCAUUAGUAGUCAUACAAUACAGUGAGUAACUGUGCAUAAGUAGUUACAUUGCUGUGCCAAGUGUGGAGCAGUCUAUAACUGGGAGGUGCUUUGUCAUCAUGAAAAGAAUACAUGAAGGUAAAACCAUUGUCAGAAAUCUAUAACAUAUUAACAUUUUUGCCUCAACUCUCAGCCCUUCUUGGGAUAAGGAGUGAGUUGGACGUAUUUCUGCCAAACAGAAUUAUGUGCAUCAUGACGUGAACCCUGUUAUGCAUAUAUUCUAAUGGGUCUCAUGUCUUAAUGCACCUAGUUCUGUUUGAGAGAAAUAUGUCCCGUUAAUCAAGAGCCAUGAUAAGAUCCUUGUCUCCUUGUUGCCACGCACUGUCAUUUAAUGCUAAUUUAAUUUAACUUUUAAAGACAGAUUUUGUGUCACAUAAUCUGCAUACAGUCCAGCACUAUCUUUGCUGGAAUUCAUUGAUGCUUUUAUUAGAGAAUUAUAUAUUUAAAAAAAAAAAAAGGUAUCCCCUGCUCCCAAAGAAAAGGUGAAUUACUGAGUUUAGAAAUUUCUUGUAGGUACCAACCGAUGGGUUACGAUUUAAUAAACAGUUGACCAUUUCCUGUUGAUCGCUAAAACCUAAAAUUGGUGACCAACCGGAUUAAGAGACAAAAUCGUGUACAACAGGCAAUUGAAAUUUGCUUUCCAGGGAAAAUUGUCUAAAUGUGAUGUAGGUUUCAUGUUCCUUUUCUUAAUUUCUGAGCCCAUCAAAAUCUAUAAGUUUAUUUUAUUGGUUCAAGUAUCUACUUUAUCCAGUUGCUAUCAGUAAAGGGAUAAAAGUGCACUUACAAGUCUUGAAAUUACUUCUGGCGUUUUUUUUUUGUCAAUAGGCAACAUCACAAAAUGAACUUAAAAACUAUCAAUCAUUCUCUAUGAAAUGAAAAUCAUAUAAAUUUUCUAGAGCAUUUAUCUCUUUGCUCAUAGGUCAUCAAAACCAUAGUUUUUGAACCUGUUAGUCUGUUAAACUUAUUUCACCAACAAUUUUGAAAUGCAGAGAUGAGUUUUCAAUCAUGUGGAUAACAACCAUUCAGUUGUAUUUUGACCUUAUCAGUGUUCUGUUUCUCUCUUCUUUUUCCUCCAACAAGUGUUAUUUAUGGUUAAUUUCCUCGCAUCAAUACAUUUUUAAAAUUAUUUUUUUACUCAAA